GCUUUGUCUAAUUCUGGGGUUGGUUGCAUUUUCAAAUUUUGUUGCUCUUGGAUGGAUAGGACAUGUCAAGAGCGAAUGGGAAAACGAAGGCGGAACUUGCUGCCAUGGUAAAGGAGGAGCGUUUGCUGAAAAAGGGCGCACUUUUGAAUGGCAAAGACACGUCAGCAAGCACUGGCCGGGCGGACUCUAUGGCUUCACCCUCAGUCAAGUCUGAAGCAGGGAGGGAUGAGGAGGAGAUGGGUAAUGGAGCAGCAGUUGCCAGCAAAGGUGGGAAUAAAGUCCCAUCUGGUGGUGCUUCCAGCCUUGCUGCUGUGAAAUCUGAGGGGGCACAAGAUGGAGGAAAGAGGGCAAAUGCUGGACCUGGAGAGAUGGAAGCAGCAAGAGGUGCAAUGAAGGUUGGGGCAGUGAAGGAAGGAUCUUCAGAUGGGGGAGGAGGGUCUGCAGGUGCUGGAAGACUGUGUGCAUCUGACAGUCAUGGUCAGAGCAGAAGAAGUCUGGGUGGGAAGAAACCAAAGGCUGCGCAUGAGGAUGUGAAGAUUCAGCUGACUGAUCAAUCUGGGUACAACCCAAAGAGGGAUGAGUUUGAACCUGAGUACGACAAUGAUGCAGAGCUUCCGCUGGCAGAGAUGGAGUUCAGGGACACUGAUACUGAACUGGAAAGGGAGGUGAAACUUACAAUGCUGCAUGUCUAUUGCAAAAGGCUUGAUGAGAGAAAGUGGCGGAAGGAAUUUAUACUCGAAAGAAAGCUUCUGAACAUUAAGAAACAGCAGGCCUUGGAUCGGAAGAGAUCAAAAGAGGAAAGAGAGCUAUGGCAGAGGGCACGAGUUUUUGCGAGGUUUCACAGUCAAGAGGAGCACGAGGCUUUGUUGAAUGGACUCACAGCGGAGAGGCGAAUUCGUCAAAGAAUAGAAGAGCUCCAGGAGAGGGGGAUAUGGAGAGAGGAGGAGGAUGUGGACAGGGGGACGACGAGGAUAGCGAGGACGACGAGGAGUCGUCGAGAUGGGGGAAGAUGGACGGAGGGAAAAGAGGAAGGGCAGGAGGAGAAGGGAGGAGGAGACAUGCAGGAUGAGGAAGGGGAGGAGGAGCAAGACUACAGAUGGCAGAUCCUAUCUAGCCUAAUCUACAAUGUCGCCGAUGACGUCAACAGCUCCCCGAAGUAUGAGCAGAUCUCGCCCAAUGCCGUACGCUUCAAGCACCAGUAUGGAGGAGACGAUGGUGUUGUCAGUGUGGAUGGUGAAGUAUUGCCCGUUGAGGUACGGACGCCAGACUUUGAGGGCGUGGAUCACGGCGAGAAGUUCCUUCUUGUUGGAGGGGAAAUUCAUCCCCGCGAGAAGAAGCUUCUUGCUAGUGAAGGCGAUGGGGUAUUCGCCGGGUGGAGCCUCGGGGUGAGUGGGGGAGUUCUUGAUGGAGGGCGUGUCGGUUGUGUCACGAGGGAAAUGUUGGGACAGUACGGCUCCAAUGGCGAAGUCGAAGGCGUCAAUGCUAUCGUUCCAAGUGAAGGGCUCGUCCUUGCGUGUGAGUUCGUGGAGGGGGUAAGAGGGGCGAUAGUAGUUGGCAAGGCCAAAAAAGGAACGAAGUUGGAGAAGGGUCUUGGGUGGGGGGUAUUCGACGAGGGUUGUGACCUUCGAGGGAUCCAUACGGAUGUCUUCAGCGGAGACAAUGUGGUCGAGGUAUUCGACGCUCGAAGCAGCAAACGUACAUUUGUUGAGCUUGGCGUAGAAUUUUUGCUCUCGGAGGAUCAAGAGGACUAUGCGGACGUGCUGAAGGUGGGACUCGAAGGUGGGGCUGAAGACAAGGAUGUCAUCAAGGUAGACGCCGGCACAGACUUCGAGGGGGUUGUGAAAGAUGUGGUUCAUGGUAGAUUGGAAGGUAGCGGGGGCAUUGGUGAGUUCGAAUGGCAUCAGGAGGAACUCGUAGUGCCAGAACUCAGAACGGAAGGCGGUCUUGUGGGUGUCCUCCUCUCGGAUACGGAUCUGGUGGAAGCCACUGCGGAGGUCGAUCUUGGUAAAGUACUUGGCUCCACGGAGACGAUCAAGGCGCUCGGAAUUCCGAGGCUGGGGGUACUUGUUCUUGAUCGUGAUCCGGUUCAAGGCGCGGUAGUCUGUGCACAUGCGGAGUUCCGAAGUGCCACCUUUCUUGACGAAAAGGCAGCUGGUUCCGAAAGGGGAUGAACUUGGCUUAAUGAACCCUUUUUCAAGGA